AUGCGGAGGCGCCGCCAGGAAGGCCAGGUUGAGCUGCGCAAGACAAAAAAGGACGAGUGCCUACAAAAAAAGAGGAACAUGCCGUCUACGCCCCCCGCGGACGCUGAUUUAGACCAAGCGGAGAAGCCAGCUCUAUUCAACCUUAAUGCGGUCGUCGCAAAUGCCAAUAACGAAAACCCGGCAGUCCGCCUUUUGGUCGUUCAAUCUGCUCGAAAAUUACUGUCAAGUGACCGUAAUCCUCCCAUUGACGAACUGAUUAACUGUGGAGUCCUGCCAAUGCUUGUCAGCUGCCUAGACUCAGAUAACCCUACUCUUCAGUUCGAAGCAGCGUGGGCGCUAACAAAUAUUGCCUCUGGGAAUUCCGAACAAACUGCCGCCGUAGUGCAGGCGGGUGCCGUUCCUUAUUUCCUGAAGCUCCUCUCAUCUCAUCACGCAAAUGUGUCCGAGCAAGCAGUUUGGGCACUGGGAAACAUAAUCGGUGAUGGCCCGCAGCUCCGGGAUCUGGUCAUUGAGAUGGGAUUAAUAAAACCUCUUCUGAACCUCUUGACACCCAACAUUUCUAUCACGUUCUUGCGAAAUAUUACUUGGGUGAUGGUCAAUUUAUGCAGAAACAAGGAUCCUCCACCCCCUGUCUCUACCAUACAGGAAUUGCUUCCCGCACUAUUGUAUCUUAUCACCAAUACGACGGACAAUCAAAUACUCGUCGACACUGUCUGGGCUAUUUCUUACCUAACCGAUGGAGGAAAUUACCUAAUCAGUAUGGUUAUUGAUGCCGAGAUUGUGCCACAUCUUGUUCCUCUUCUGUCGCACCCUAAUUUCAAAGUGCAAACCGCUGCUUUGCGAGCCGUUGGAAACAUUGUAACAGGAACGGACCAGCAGACGCAAGUUGUCCUAGACUGUGGAGCUCUGAGCCAUUUUCACCAUCUGCUGAACCAUCCAAAAGAAAAGAUCAACAAGGAAGCUGUGUGGUUCUUGUCAAAUAUAACUGCUGGCGAUCAAAAUCAAGUCCAGGCAGUCAUUGAUCACGACCUCGUCCCCCUCAUUAUCGGUCACUUGGCCAACAGUGACUUUUUGACCCAAAAAGAGGCCGCAUGGGCCAUAUCUAAUUUGACAAUUAAUGGCACUGUCAAACAGGUCCGUUAUCUAAUAAGUCAAAACGUCAUCCCGCCGCUAUGUAAAAUGCUGGUUGCACGUGACGUCCAAGUGGUGCAGGUUGUGCUUGAUGGGAUAUCUAAUAUCUUGCGUGUCGCUGGCGAUAAAUUAGAAGAAGUCGUUAACGCCAUUGAGGCCUGUGGUGGUUUAAACCACAUUGAAGAACUUCAACAGAACGCCAAUGAAACUAUAUUCAAACUGGCUUACAACAUCCUAGAGACUUACUUCAGCUCUGUAAGUCACUCAUGUCUUCAGUCUUCAUUGCUGUUAUUUUUUUGA